GUGAGACGUAGAAGUAGGGGACGCUGGUGGGUUCUACGGUCCCCGACUCCCUGUGCCUGGCGGCUUUCGAAGGCGGCGAUUGCCAUGACGGCCCAAGGGGGGCUGGUGGCCAACAGAGGCCGGCGUUUCAAGUGGGCCAUUGAGCUGAGCGGGCCCGGAGGAGGCGGCAGGGGCCGAAGUGACCGGGGCAGUGGCCAGGGAGACUCCCUGUACCCAGUCGGGUACUUGGACAAGCAAGUGCCUGAUACCAGCGUGCAAGAGACAGACCGGAUCCUGGUGGAGAAGCGCUGCUGGGACAUCGCCUUGGGGCCCCUCAAACAGAUUCCCAUGAACCUCUUCAUCAUGUACAUGGCUGGCAACACUAUCUCCAUCUUUCCUACCAUGAUGGUGUGCAUGAUGGCCUGGCGACCUAUCCAGGCACUAAUGGCCAUUUCAGCCACUUUCAAGAUGUUAGAAAGUUCAAGCCAGAAGUUUCUGCAGGGUCUGGUUUAUCUCAUUGGAAACCUCCUGGGUUUGGCACUGGCUGUCUACAAGUGCCAGUCCAUGGGGCUCUUGCCUACACAUGCCUCAGACUGGUUAGCCUUCAUCGAGCCCCCUGAGAGAAUGGAGUUCAGUGGUGGGGGAUUGCUUCUGUGAACCCGAGAAAGACGCACCUGGCCCCUUAGGGAUUUGGAUCUCGUUUCCAUACUUCCUUAGGGCCAGUGUUCCCUCCUCAGACUACUCACCUUCAACACCGUCACUCGGGCUGCAAAGAGCCAGGAAGCGCCCUCUUCUCUGUGGUGAGGAGACACCCUAGAGGGACGGAUCCCUGUUACUACAGACACAAACUGUACCACUACCCCAACUGAAAAUAAUGUAGAAAACUUUAUUGAUGUUUCCAGUACAGAGCAAAACAACAAAUAAAACUGUAACUCUGUAAACGAAAGAACCACAGCAGUAUCUCCUCUCAAUAAAUUAAACGGUUUAUGAACAAAA